CUAAUAAUAGGACUCCGGACGAGGAAAAGUUAAUUCCUAUUCAUCUUAGUCUAAUCGUGACGGAUGCCAUGCCUUCGCUCGUUUUAAAAGAUCGUACUGCUAUUGCAAGUAACAGACACUCUACGUGUAGAAUCUCUCUCUCUCUCUCUCUCUCUCUCUCUCUCUCGUCAGAAUUCCGGGAAUCCUUCACUCUUUGGAGUUGUAAGUACUUCACUUCGUAAGAGGCAGAAUACCCGUCACUGUCCUAUCAAGGAAAAUGCUAAAUAUAACAUCCCCGUGCGUGGCUGCAGUCUUCAAUAGUGACGGAUCUGUUCAGUCGUCAAACCCAUCGCCAGGGCUCAAGGAUCGUUUCAAGACUGUCUAAUAACAGCGCGAACCCUCGUUCUAAAGUGGCCGUUGAGUAUGAUGAACUAUGAGGAGCCGGCGCCUUGUAAGAUCUAAUUUGGCGAUGCUUUGCAAGAAAGCCAUUCCAAAGGUCGAAUAAGUGGGAUAGCAAGGAACCUCUUCCCUACUUCUCACGAUGAUCUCCGGAAAGAUAAUUGGGACUGGAUGUUUAAUGGCCAUUACAGCGUAUAUGCUGCUAUACAGCGAGGUUCUGGUCACGAGACAGCAGUAUUUUCCUCUACCAGAGCCAGAACAGAGUACCUGGGCUAAGGAGCAGGAGAGGAGGAGGAGCAUCUUAAGGGCGGCCUGUGGAGAAAACUCCUCACGAGGGACGUCAAGGAGAACCAAAUACGCUCAUUUAGUGGAGAUGUACAAGGAUGACUUAACGUUCCUUCUGGCGGAUGAUAAAUACAAAGUUAUCUAUUGUUUUAUUCCAAAGGUCGGGUGCACAAGCUGGAAGAGGGUGUUUAUGAUACUCGGCAAUAUCAGCGACGCCAAGCAAGUUGACGAUAUUGAUCUGGCUUCACCCCACUACCUCAUGGGAAAAAUGCAGUUGCUUCAGACGACCAAAGAGGACGAGUUAAUCGUAAAAAAGCUGGAAAAUUACAAGAAAUUCAUCGUCGUCCGUCAUCCCAUCGAACGACUGGCCUCGGCUUACUUCGGCAAGAUUCACCAUAAAGAAGGAAUACUCGAAAAGCAGCGUCUACUCCUGCCCUUCUUGUGGAAGACCAGGAAGAACGCCACUGUGAUGGACAUCACGUGGCCCGAGUUCGUCAGCUUCGUCGUCAGGAAACGAGGGCGCUCGGACGAACACUGGACGCCCUACGAGUCCCUGUGCCUCCCCUGCCAGAUCGACUACGACUUUAUCUUGAAGUUCGAAACUCUGGACGAGGACGCUGAGGGGUUGCUACGAGCCAUCGGGGCGCCCGACGACUUCCAUUUCCCACAUCACGAGAGGAGGAUUAACGCCUCUCUCGUUGGCCAGUUACAGAAGGACCUCACCACGGAACAGAUGCUGGCAAUCUCUCAUUACUUCGGCAAUGAUUUUGACAUGUUUGAAUACAGCAUACCUGCAUAACAGGAAUCAUCUUCUGCCUAAUUACUCGGAAAAUAUAUUUUCGUCGAUCAUAUAAAC